AAAGGAGGGAACCUAAUGUAAGAAUACUGAAUUUGCCAAUUAAGGCACCAGCUGUGACUACUUCAUGCAGGAAUGGGGACAUGCCUGAUGCCAUAGGGUCUAAUUGACUUGAGAAUGUGAAAGGAAAAUAAAAACUCAGAACCCCAAUUCAUCAUGCCAAAAGGAAAAAAAAAUUAAGCUGAAAUAGAUGGAGUCUCACUGUGUUGCCCAGGCUAGAGUACAGUGGCUGUUCACAGGCAUGAUAUGGGCACAGUGCAGUCUCAAACUCCUGGCCUCAAGUGAUUCUCUGGCUUCAGCUUUCCAGGCAACUGGGACUACAGACACAUACCAUCACGCCUGGCUGUAGAAAAUGUGUAUUCUUAAGGUAGACUUCAAGACAUAGCUUUUUAGGAAGAUAAAUAAUAAGCCACUUACCACUCUGAUAAGAUUUUUAAACAAGUCACCUAUCCUAAGGAAAAAUUCAGUCUGCAUCCUAAGUGCUCCAUUUAGAGGCUUGAUAUCUCUAUAGGCAUCAGAUGCCUUAAAUAGAUAAGAGGAAAAAUACUUGUUGCAUUAUCUUUUGAAGGUUAAAUACUGCAGAGCUAAUAGAUUGGAGUGACUUCUGACCUAGUCACAUCUUAAAGGAAAACUUUUCAGUUUUUACUUUAAAAGGAUGCUAAUGACUAGCCAAUGCUCUAGGAAGACAUUGAGACCAGCCAACUUCUUGCCUUGAUAACUACUGAAGAGACAUUGGGUGGCUGGAUUUUGAAAGCAGACUUCUGGUUAUAGGUGAUGCAACUUGAAAAACAAUCCUGAAACAUGAAACAAGAAUAAUAAUAUUUAAAUGUAACUUAAUCAUUAUACCUCUUUAUCCAUCAAAGUGAAUUCAUUCCAUUCCCUUUCAUCUGUGCUCAUACUUUGCAUCAGAUAUUGGGUAAACCAAAGUGUGUAGGAAGAAAUAAAUGUUUUCAUAGUCAUUACUCUUUACAAUGGGAGUGCUAAAAUUCAAGCACAUCUUUUUCAGAAGCUUUGUUAAAUCAAGUGGAGUAUCCCAGAUAGUUUUCACCUUCCUUCUGAUUCCAUGUUGCUUGACUCUCAAUUUCAGAGCACCUCCUGUUAUUCCAAAUGUGCCUUUCCUCUGGGCCUGGAAUGCCCCAAGUGAAUUUUGUCUUGGAAAAUUUGAUGAGCCACUAGAUAUGAGCCUCUUCUCUUUCAUAGGAAGCCCCCGAAUAAACGUCACCGGGCAAGAUGUUACAAUAUUUUAUGUUGAUAGACUUGGCUACUAUCCUUACAUAGAUUCAAUCACAGGAGUAACUGUGAAUGGGGGAAUCCCCCAGAAGAUUUCCUUACAAGACCAUCUGGACAAAGCUAAGAAAGACAUUACAUUUUAUAUGCCAGUAGACAAUUUGGGAAUGGCUGUUAUUGACUGGGAAGAAUGGAGACCCACUUGGGCAAGAAACUGGAAACCUAAAGAUGUUUACAAGAAUAGGUCUAUUGAAUUGGUUCAGCAACAAAAUGUACAACUUAGUCUCACAGAGGCCACUGAGAAAGCAAAACAAGAAUUUGAAAAGGCAGGGAAGGAUUUCCUGGUAGAGACUAUAAAAUUGGGAAAAUUACUUCGGCCAAAUCACUUGUGGGGUUAUUAUCUUUUUCCGGAUUGUUACAACCAUCACUAUAAGAAACCCGGUUACAAUGGAAGUUGCUUCAAUGUAGAAAUAAAAAGAAAUGAUGAUCUCAGCUGGUUGUGGAAUGAAAGCACUGCCCUUUACCCAUCCAUUUAUUUGAACACUCAGCAGUCUCCUGUAGCUGCUACACUCUAUGUGCGCAAUCGAGUUCAGGAAGCCAUCAGAGUUUCCAAAAUACCUGAUGCAAAAAGUCCACUUCCGGUUUUUGUAUAUACCCGCAUAGUUUUUACUGAUCAAGUUUUGAAAUUCCUUUCUCAAGAUGAACUUGUGUAUACAUUUGGCGAAACUGUUGCUCUGGGUGCUUCUGGAAUUGUAAUAUGGGGAACCCUCAGUAUAAUGCGAAGUAUGAAAUCUUGCUUGCUCCUAGACAAUUACAUGGAGACUAUACUGAAUCCUUACAUAAUCAACGUCACACUAGCAGCCAAAAUGUGUAGCCAAGUGCUUUGCCAGGAGCAAGGAGUGUGUAUAAGGAAAAACUGGAAUUCAAGUGACUAUCUUCACCUCAACCCAGAUAAUUUUGCUAUUCAACUUGAGAAAGGUGGAAAGUUCACAGUACGUGGAAAACCGACACUUGAAGACCUGGAGCAAUUUUCUGAAAAAUUUUAUUGCAGCUGUUAUAGCACCUUGAGUUGUAAGGAGAAAGCUGAUGUAAAAGACACUGAUGCUGUUGAUGUGUGUAUUGCUGAUGGUGUCUGUAUAGAUGCUUUUCUAAAACCUCCCAUGGAGACAGAAGAAUCUCAAAUUUUCUACAAUGCUUCACCCUCCACACUAUCUGCCACAAUGUUCAUUGUUAGUAUUUUGUUUCUUAUCAUUUCUUCUGUAGCGAGUUUGUAAUUGCGCAGGUUAGCUGAAAUGAACAAUAUGUCCAUCUUAAAGUGUGCUUUUUCGACUAAUUAAAUCUUUGAAAAGAA